UGUCGUUUGUACAUGAAAACAUAUAUAUAUAUAUUUUUCUACAAUAUUGUCGUUAAAAGGGAUGCAAGAUUACGUUUGCCAGCAAGUCAUAGCCCGCAAUGUGCCGCAGUUGGUGCGAUUGCUGCUGGAUUCCCCCAUUGAAGGCGGCAACAAGGAUGGCGAAAGUGAAAGGAUGGUGAACGCUGACACCUUUGAGAGUUGCCUCAGGUAUGCCAGGAAUCACCUGCAGUACACUCGAGGCCACCUGGAGUCUAGUCCAGAAGCCGUGUUGCUCAAUAUGAACUACUUUUUGGAGCGCUAUCGCACCGAGAAGUUGCCCGAAUUUGCAGAUACUUUUAAGCAGCUGGCCAAUGUGAUUCUGAACCAUCCGCUCUGUUUGACUCACAUGCAGGAGAACCUUCAAUGGAGCCUUAUAGACUUUAUGCUAUCGGUGAACUACAGGGCCUUUCAGACGGUCCAACGCAAUUGGAAGGAGAUGGAGCAGAAGCGCAAGAACAUCCUGGAGGCUCUCAUUCUGGCCAGCGAAAGUUCGGACGAAUUUCCCGAAGAGAAAAUAUGGAGAAGUGUUUCCAGAUCUAGUCUUAUGAGUGCUACAUCUCGCUUAACAGGUGGUUCCUCGCAGUAUGAUUUGUCUACAGAUCAGUUGGCCUCCCACCGAAAAUGGGCCAGGAAUCAGACCCAAAGUGCCAGGAGUUUGAUUAACUCAGAUCACACAAGUCGCAACUGGGAUGCUGAAAGUGAGCUCAGCGUAAGAUCCCUUCCUCAAAUGGAACUAAUAGAACAACAGAAAUCACCGGUACCAACACAAAUUUCGGGAAUCAGCUAUUCUACUUACAUAGAGCCAAAGUUAAACAAUGUCCAAGUGAAGGAAAACUUCGCCAUCAAAGAGGCCUCGAUGGAUCUGGAACUGAAUCUCACCCAAGUGGAGUCCACGAAGGUGAAACCCACAAAGGUGAACUUCUUCAAGGGAGCCAAUGACCUGUUCUCCCGGAUUCAGACGCCCUGGUGGAAGGUUGAUAUUCAUGUGUACCACGAGCCACGAAUCUUGGGCACUAAUUUCAGCCAGGAUUAUGGAAUUUGGCUGCUUUAUCAGCUGCGAGAAAGUCGUCAUUCGGUACGAAAAAUGAGCGAGGAGCAGGAACUCUUGAGAGAACUGAUUAUCCUAUUCUUCGCAACCGUAGACUUUAAUCUUUUCGAGAUUUUGGAUGAGGGAUUUGAGCUGCGGAAGGACGGAAUACACACUUGUGCCCUGAGUCAGUUAACCGAGGGACCCUUCUUUGCUGAGAUCCUUAAUUCCCUCAAGGAGAUUCGUAAUCUUAGGCAAUUAAUAGAGCUACAUACAACGAAAAGAAUAAGUGGUGAUCGCUUGGAGACCCUGACUUCUUUCAGUGUGGCUCUGCGGCGACUUCUUCGACCUGUUAUGGAGUUCUUAGUUUAUUUCGAGAGGCGAUUGACAAAGGGCCUUGAAACCCCUACCCUUCAGCACUUUGUAGAGACCUCAAGUGCUCCGUUCGAGAGGAUAAUGUUGCUAUAUCAUUUCUCAAAGGACAAUUAUGAUGGAGACUCUUCGGUGCGGAGCAUGCGAUUUCUGGAAUCCCUUUUCAUGGCUAGUUCCAAGAGUAGUCAACCCAAAUUGGAGCGGUACUUGAGUGCUUCUCUACUACUACACUCUUUGCAGGCCUAUUGUCAAUUCCUGGAUAGCUGGUGGUUAACUGGUGAAUUUACAGACUGGCACGAAGAGUUUCCCUACCAAAGACUUAUAGUCGCCGGAAGAACGGAGUAUGAUUUGAGAAAGUUGUUCCUCGAUGAAGUAGAACUGCAAAAAGGGACUUUAUUUAAAAUCAUUCAGCGACAUAUCAUUGAAUCGCGUCAAGCAGUGGCCAUACUCUACGAUUCGCGUAAAAUAGGUGAUUUCAAUUCCUUGCAUGGAAAUGUGAUGCAGAUAUCCCUUCACAAUUCGCUGAUGGAAAUGGUACUAAAGGAACUAGCUCCUUAUCAGACCGAAAGCAUAGAGGAUAACAGCUAUGCCCCCGAUAUCCUUGAACAGUUGAAGCUCACCGAUCAGGAGCCAGUGCGCCGUUUGUUCUACAACUUUCACAUGGAAACUCGACCAGAUCCGUGGCAACCUUCAGAUUGUUCACUUGAUGAAUUCCUAAUGAACUUUCAAGCCUGUGCAUCGUACACUCCCAUAUCAGAGAUCAUCUCCCAAGAGCUUCGAAGAUUACUGCAUCGACGUUCCUUGUUGGCCAACUCGUAUAUUUCUGAGAUGGUAAAUAAGUCGCAGGUGGACAAGACUGUGAGACACCUUCAAUCAGCUUUUCUUCUCCUAAACUAUGACCUAUUGCGAAGUGAGUUUGAGUUGUUCUUUGAGUUAAUGGAAAGAAACCGGUUGAUAAUAGCCUCCAAUCAGUUGAAGGAGAUAUUAGCUUCUCAAGAUCCCCGUUUAAGUGUUCUGCUUCGUAUUUGUUUAACAGGACCACAUCCUGAAUUUAUCUGCAUAAAGGUCAGCUACGAUCCCAUCCUGAACCGAGUGAUCAACCAAUUGCAAAUUGAUCAGAUGAACAAGUACUUUCGUCUGAAGUUGAACGUGCACUUUUCACUUUAUCAGCUGAAAGAUUUGCCUGCUUUUGAAAUCAACAAGUCAAAGCGAUUGGUUCAAGCUCUAAGAUCGCUAAAGACUUCUUUAGUUUCUGCCCUCGAGGAACAACUAUCACAUCCUGAUAAACUCAAUCAACUGGAAGAACUUACCACUUUAAGUGAGCUAAGACAGAACCACAAGCUAUUCAUGCUUCAAAUAAAGGAGAAGCUGCGGGUGGAAUUCAAGGGAGGUCGAUAUCCUUGCAGCCUUGAAGACAUCCUAAACCUGAGCAGAGUUUUGAGGUAUCGGUGGCUGAGAGCCAGGAGCCUCAUAAACGACUAUCGCAGACAGAAACCGAGUAACAUCUGCGAUGUGAAAUACGAAUGGUUGCGGUUCUACUACCUGCAAUCUACUUUCAAGCACUGCAAGGCGAUUGAUUGCUUCCUCGGUCAAAUAUGAUGUGUGAGGUUUCAUGAAAUUUGAGUGAAGUGUUGCCAAAAUUUUUGAAGAUUAAUUAUUUGCAAAAUAUUUUAAGACAUUAAAUUAUAUUUUUUCAUAC